CUCUUCGCUCCGCCAGUCGGCGCGACCCAGGUGCCAGCGGGCAGGAGGCGCCUGAGGAUGUGCGGCUGGCCGCUGCUCCUGCUUUGGGGGCUGCUCCCCGGCGCAGCGGCGGCGGGGGGCUUGGGCCGGGCCCUCCCGCACCGCACCCUCCUCGACUCCGAGGGCAAGUACUGGCUGAGCUGGGGCCCCCGGGGCGGCCGGCUCGCUUUCCGCCUCGAGGUGCGCACCGCCGGCUACGUGGGCUUCGGCUUCUCGCCCACCGGGGCCAUGGCCGGGGCGGACAUCGUCGUGGGCGGCGUGGCCCACGGGCGGCCCUACCUGCAGGAUUAUUUUACAAAUGCAAAUAGAGAGUUGAAAAAAGAUGCUCAACAAGAUUACCACCUGGAAUAUGCCAUGGAAAAUAGCACCCACACAGUAAUCGAAUUUACCAGAGAGCUGCAUACAUGUGACAUCAAUGACAAGAGUAUAACGGAGAGCACUGUGAGAGUGAUCUGGGCGUACCACCAUGAAGAUGUGGGAGAAGCCGGCCCCAAGUACCAUGACUCUAAUCGUGGCACCAAGAGUCUACGGCUGUUGAAUCCUGAGAAAACUAACGUGUUAUCUACAGCCAUACGAUACUUUGACCUGGUGAAUCAGGACGUCCCCAUCCCAAACAAAGGUACAACCUAUUGGUGCCAAAUGUUUAAGAUUCCUGUGUUCCAAGAAAAGCAUCAUGUAAUAAAGGUCGAGCCGCUGAUACAGAGAGGCCACGAGAGUCUGGUCCACCACAUCCUGCUCUAUCAGUGCAGCAGCAGCUUUAACGACAGUGUCCUGGACUAUGGCCACGAGUGCUACCACCCUAACAUGCCCGAUGCCUUCCUCACCUGCGAGACUGUUAUUUUUGCCUGGGCCAUUGGUGGAGAGGGUUUUUCCUAUCCACCUCAUGUUGGAUUAUCCCUUGGCACUCCGUUAGAUCCUCGUUAUGUGCUCCUGGAGGUCCAUUAUGACAAUCCGACUUAUAAGGAGGGCUUAAUAGAUAAUUCUGGACUGAGGUUAUUUCAUACAGCAGACAUAAGGAAGUACGAUGCUGGGGUGAUCGAGGCUGGCCUCUGGGUAAGCCUCUUCCACACCAUCCCUCCAGGGAUGCCUGAAUUCCGGUCUGAGGGUCACUGCACUCUGGAAUGCCUAGAAGAGGCUCUGGAAGCUGAGAAGCCAAGUGGAAUCCAUGUGUUUGCUGUUCUUCUCCACGCUCACCUGGCUGGCAGGGGCAUCAGGCUCCGUCAUUUUCGCAAAGGGGAGGAAAUGAGACUCCUGGCUUAUGAUGAUGAUUUUGACUUCAAUUUCCAGGAGUUUCAGUAUCUAAGGGAAGAACAAACAAUCUUACCAGGAGAUAACCUAAUUACCGAGUGUCGUUACAACACAAAAGAUAGAGCCCGGAUGACUUGGGGAGGAUUAAGCACCAGAAAUGAAAUGUGUCUCUCAUACCUUCUUUAUUACCCAAGAAUUAAUCUUACUCGGUGUGCCAGUAUUCCAGACAUUAUGGAACAACUUCAGUUCAUUGGUGUUAAGGAGAUCUAUAGGCCAGUCACGACCUGGCCUUUCAUUAUCAAAAGCCCCAAGCAGUAUAAAAACCUUUCUUUCAUGGAUGCAAUGAAUAAGUUUAAAUGGGCUAAAAAGGAAGGUCUUUCCUUCAACAAGCUUGUCCUUAGCUUGCCGGUGAACGUGAGAUGCUCCAAGACAGACAAUGCAGAGUGGUCGAUUCAAGGGAUGACAGCGUUACCUCCCCACGUGGAAAGACCGUAUAAAGCAGAGCCUUUGGUGUGUGGAGCCUCUUCCUCUUCCGUGCACAGAAAUCGCUCUUUUGAGCUUCUCGUGGGCUUCAUGGCACUCGGUAGCUUGCUGCGCAGCACACGCUUAUGGUCAUCAUUCUGUGCCUGGGGACGAUGUUUCCUGUGAUCCGAGCGUGUGGGUUAAAGACACUGUGGGCACGAAGAGAGAGCAUGAGGCGUGUGGAGAACUUCCAGUCACACACUCCCUUCCUCUCUGCGUCCAUCCUUCCCCGUCUACCUGAGAGAUGUUGACUGGGUUCUCUCCUUUUGCUCCGAUGUGUCCGAUCACAUGUAUCUGCUGCCAAUAAAGCAAAACUAGACUGACUUAACACGACCUUUUUAACAAUUUGGACAAAGUCAGGUGGAAGGGAAAGAGUUCUUUAUUUCCUUCCAUGUUUCAUUUUAUUUAAAGACUCAUUAUCAUUAUUUCACUUUUUCUUUGGUGAUUUGGCUUCCAGAUUCCUUUC